AUGCCUCGUCCUGCGGUUCCGUGUCUCGGGUCCUGGCUUCGACGGAAGGCGUGGAGUGGGUGUGUCUUGUUUCUUCAUUCCGCUCACCCGGUUUCUCCUUCCUGUUGUCGCUUCCAGGAGCUGGUGGGGAGCAACCCUCCCCAGAGGAACUGGAAAGGGAUCGCCAUCGCGCUGCUGGUCAUCCUGGUCAUCUGCUCCCUCAUCGUCACCUCGGUCAUCCUGCUGACGCCAGCGGAAGACAACAGUCUGUCUCAGAAGAAGAAGGUCACGGUGGAGGAUCUCUUCAGUGACGAGUUCAAAGUUCACGACCCCGAGGCGAAGUGGAUCAGUGAUAAAGAGUUCAUCUACCGGGAACAGAAGGGAAGCGUGAUCCUGCGGGAUGUUGAGGCCAACACGUCUACCGUGCUGAUAGAAGGCAAGAAAAUUGAGUCCUUGAGAGCCAUCAGAUACGAAAUAUCUCCAGACAAAGAGUAUGCGCUUUUCUCCUACAACGUGGAGCCCAUCCAUCAGCACUCCUACACUGGCUACUAUGUCCUGAGCAAAAUUCCUCACGGGGACCCUCAAAGCCUAGACCCCCCGGAGGUCAGCAACGCGAAGCUCCAGUACGCCGGGUGGGGGCCCAAGGGGCAGCAGCUGAUAUUCAUCUUCGAGAACAACAUCUACUACUGCGCGCACGUCGGGAAGCAGGCCAUCCGCGUGGUCUCCACGGGCAAGGAGGGCGUCAUCCACAACGGCCUCAGCGACUGGCUGUACGAAGAGGAGGUCCUGAAGACCCACAUCGCGCACUGGUGGUCUCCAGAUGGCACGCGGCUCGCCUACGCCACCAUCAACGACUCCCGCGUGCCCGUCAUGGAGCUCCCGACCUACACGGGCGCCGUGUACCCCACCGUGAAGUCCUACCACUACCCCAAGGCUGGCUGUGAAAACCCCACCAUCUCCCUGCACGUCAUCGGCCUAAACGGACCCACCCACGACCUGGAGAUGACGCCGCCCGACGACCCGCGCAUGAGGGAAUACUACAUCACCAUGGUGAAGUGGGCCACCAGCACCAAGGUCGCCGUGAACUGGCUGAGCCGCGCGCAGAACGUGUCCAUCCUCACCCUCUGCGACGCCACCACGGGCGUCUGCACCAAGAAACACGAGGACGAAAGCGAGGCCUGGCUGCACAGACAGAACGAAGAGCCGCUGUUCUCCGGGGACGGGCGCAAGUUCUUCUUCGUGAGGGCCAUCCCGCAGGGCGGGCAAGGCAAGUUCUACCACAUCGCCGUGUCCUCCUCCCAGCCCAACAGCAGCAACGACAACAUCCAGUCCAUCACCUCGGGGGACUGGGACGUGACCAAGAUCCUGUCCUACGACGAGAAGCGGAAUAAGAUCUACUUCCUCAGCACAGAGGACCUGCCCCGGAGACGACACCUCUACAGCGCCAGCACGGUGGGCCCCUUCAACAGGCAGUGCCUGUCCUGCGACCUGGUGGGUGACUGUGCCUACGUGAGCGCCUCCUUCAGCCGCGGCGCCGACUUCUUCCUGCUCACCUGCGAAGGUCCCGGCGUCCCCAUGGUGACCGUGCACAACACCACGGACCAGAGAAAGAUGUUCGACCUGGAGACGAACGAGCACGUGCAGAAGGCCGUCAGCGAGCGGCAGAUGCCCAAGGUGGAGUACAGGCAGAUCGAGGUCGACGAGUACCGCCUGCCCGUGCAGAUCCUGAAGCCGGCCACCUUCACCGAGACCACCCACUACCCGCUGCUCCUGGUGGUGGACGGCAGCCCGGGCAGCCAGAGCGUGGCGGAGAGGUUCACGGUGAGCUGGCAGACGGUGCUGGUGAGCAGCCACGGGGCCGUGGUGCUGCGCUGCGACGGCCGGGGCAGCGGCUUCCAGGGCACCCGGCUCCUGCACGAGGUGCGGCGGCGGCUGGGCGUGCUGGAGGAGCGGGACCAGCUGGAGGCCGUGCGGAUGAUGCUGAAGGAGUCGUACAUCGAUAAGACGCGCGUGGGCGUGUUUGGGGAGGACUACGGGGGCUACCUGAGCACCCACCUCCUGCCUGCGAAGGGUGACAACCAAGGCCAGAUCUUCGCCUGCGGCUCUGCACUCUCCCCGAUAACAGACUUCAAGCUCUACGCGUCUGCGUUUUCCGAGAGGUACCUGGGCCUCCACGGGCUUGACAACAGGGCCUAUGAGCUGACCAGGGUGGGCCACCGGUUGUCAGCGCUGGAAGGACAGCAGUUCCUGAUCAUCCACGCGACCGCUGACGAAAAAAUCCACUUCCAGCACACGGCGGAGCUCAUCACCCAGCUCGUCAAGGGGAAGGCCAACUACAGCCUGCAGAUCUACCCGGAUGAAAGCCAUUACUUCCACAGCGCCCCCCUCAGGCAGCACCUGCACCGCACCAUCGUCAACUUCUUCGUGGAGUGCUUCAGGGUUCAGGACAGAGUGCCCACAGCCACAGCCAAGGAGGAGGAGGAGGACUGAGCGCCGCCCUGGCCGCCCCCUAGCGCAGCGUGGCUCUCCCUGGACCAGCGUGGGGCUGGGCACCCCGCCCCCCUCUCCCGCCCAACCGCCCGCCCGCACUGGGGUGGGGGCGGGGGCCGUUCCCGAUCCCUAGCAUGUGUGUCUCGGGCCCUGAAGGCCGUUUUGCUUCAGAAACCAGCUCCUUCCCGGGUGGAGGCGCCUCAUCACUCCCACGGGCUUCCAGGGAGCCCGGGGCCGUCACAGCCUCCUGCUGGCCGCAGAGCGACAAGUGCAUCCCACGGCCGUCCCGCCCCUCCCGCACCCCCGGGACCGGAGGACCGCGGCGGCAGCCGCGAGGAAGCCUGCCCCGAGCGUGAGCACCGCGCCCCCUGCCGGCGGCACCGCAUCCUGUCUGAUGUAACCACGCCAUGGAAACCACGAGAGCACAAUCCCUCUAACAGCACUCCUAGGUUGGCUUGCUCCUUUCUGUCCUAGGACCCUCCGCGUUUUACGGGGCUGUCCACCCGGUCUUGCUGUAGCGACGCUAAUGGUUCACCUUGCGGAAUUAAUUCGUAUUUUUCUAUGGUUUUUACCUGACGCUGUCUGCGGUCCUGGGGUCGUUUUUCUGUGCCGGGUUGGUUUGUCUGUUCGUUUGUUCGUUAUCCUCGGUUAUCCGCGUGGCUUCCUCCCGCCCGCCUGUCCGCUUGGCACCUGUUUGUAAGAAGAAACGGAUCAGAAGUCACUGUUCACCCCUCAAGGUCGGCUCCAGACUUUUCGGAGACGUUUCAAACCGCGGAGGAGGGGGAACACAUCCAGCCCUACUUACUGACACAAAAGAAAGUACAUAAAUAAAAGCUGUCUCUCACACCCAGCAGCAACAGGGUUCGCUUAGAUUCUCAUCGUCCAUCUACCGAUGCCCCCCGGCUUGUCCUCCUCCCCGGGAAGCUGUCAAGUCUGUCCCCAUGACAUUUGUUUUUUU